UCCUGCAAGGCUAAGAUUGGGUUGAGCGGAGUGUUACGGGGGUAGUGUUAGGAAAAACACUUUGAUCAAAUCUUCCUUAAAUUUACAACGGGGCGUUUUAGUGCAAUGUUAUACCUUUUCUAAUCUUCACUUCAAAAAUUGAGCUUGGUCUUAAUCAUAGGCAAGGGUUCUGUUUUCUUUCAAAUUCUAAAACCCUCAAAUGAACUCCGUCAGAGCUACCAACCGAAGACCCAGGCGAGUGUCGAGGCCGCGCCCGGUGCAGCCGGAAAGGAACAACCAGGAAAGAGAUGAAGAGGUUCCGGCAGAUAUGGUGGCAGAGGAAUCUGGGAAUCCGGCAGCUCAAAAUAGUCCGUACCAGCUACGAAGAAAGUCACUGCUACCGAAGAGAACAGCCUGUCCCAUGAGCAAAACGAGCAUGGAGGGUGCCUCGACUUCAACCACAGAGAACUUUGGUCACAGAGCCAAACGUGCCAGAGUAUGUGGAAAAUCGCAAGACCUGCCAGCCGCACCAGCAGAGCAGUAUCUCCAGGUGAGACUACCUGACGAAGUGGUCCUGAAGAUCUUCUCGUACCUGUUGGAGCAGGACCUCUGUCGGGCUGCCUGUGUCUGCAAGCGUUUCACUGAGCUGGCCAACGACCCCAUCCUAUGGAAGAGGCUUUACAUGGAUGUGUUUGAGUACACACGUCCCAUGAUGCACCCCGAGUCUGGAAAGUUCUACCAGAUCAACCCCGAUGAGUACGAACAGCCCAACCCCUGGAAGGAGAGCUUUCAGCAGCUGUACAAAGGAGCGCAUGUUAAGCCAGGCUUCGCCGAACAUUUCUACAGCAACCCAGCCAGAUACAAAGGCAGGGAGAACAUGCUGUAUUACGACACCAUCGAGGAUGCCCUUGGAGGGGUCCAGGAGGCCCACUUUGAUGGCCUGAUAUUUGUCCAUUCGGGGAUCUACACGGAUGAGUGGAUUUAUAUUGAGUCACCAAUCACAAUGAUAGGAGCUGCCCCUGGCAAAGUAGCUGAUAAAGUCAUCAUUGAAAACACAAGAGACUCCACAUUUGUGUUUAUGGAGGGAUCCGAGGACGCAUAUGUGGGCUAUAUGACCAUAAAGUUUAACCCCGAUGACAAGUCAGCUCAGCACCACAACGCUCAUCACUGCCUGGAGAUCACGGUCAACUGUAGUCCCAUCAUCGACCACUGUAUCAUCCGUAGCACCUGCACCGUGGGCUCAGCCGUGUGCGUAAGCGGACAGGGCGCUUGUCCAACCAUCAAACACUGCAACAUCAGCGACUGUGAGAACGUUGGCCUAUACAUCACAGACCACGCACAGGGUAUAUAUGAAGACAACGAGAUCUCCAACAAUGCUUUAGCUGGUAUCUGGGUGAAAAACCAUGGCAACCCCAUCAUCAGACGGAACCACAUCCACCACGGCAGAGACGUGGGCGUGUUCACCUUUGACCAUGGCAUGGGCUACUUCGAGAGCUGCAACAUCCACCGGAACCGGAUAGCGGGCUUCGAGGUGAAGGCCUAUGCCAACCCCACAGUCGUACGCUGCGAGAUCCACCACGGUCAGACCGGUGGCAUCUAUGUGCAUGAGAAGGGCCGGGGCCAGUUCAUCGAGAACAAGAUCUAUGCAAACAACUUUGCUGGGGUCUGGAUCACCUCCAACAGCGACCCCACCAUCAGGGGUAAUGCCAUCUUCAAUGGGAACCAAGGCGGAGUUUACAUAUUUGGCGAUGGACGGGGUCUUAUAGAAAGCAACGAUAUCUAUGGCAACGCCUUAGCUGGGAUCCAGAUUAGGACUAACAGUUGCCCCAUUGUCCGGCACAACAAGAUCCAUGACGGACAGCACGGAGGCAUCUACGUGCAUGAGAAGGGCCAGGGUGUGAUCGAGGAGAAUGAAGUGUACAGCAAUACGCUAGCCGGGGUGUGGGUGACCACAGGAAGUACACCAGUCCUGAGGAGGAACCGCAUCCACAGUGGCAAACAGGUUGGCGUUUACUUCUAUGACAACGGCCAUGGUGUGUUGGAGGACAACGACAUCUACAAUCAUAUGUAUUCUGGUGUCCAGAUCAGAACUGGCAGUAACCCCAAGAUCAGACGAAACAAGAUCUGGGGAGGGCAAAAUGGUGGCAUCCUUGUUUACAACUCUGGUUUGGGUUUCAUUGAAGACAAUGAGAUCUUUGACAAUGCCAUGGCCGGGGUGUGGAUCAAAACGGACAGCAACCCCACGCUACGGAGGAAUAAAAUCCACGACGGGAGGGAUGGAGGCAUCUGCAUAUUCAACGGCGGAAGAGGUUUGCUCGAGGAGAAUGACAUCUUCAGGAACGCUCAGGCCGGAGUUCUUAUUAGCACCAACAGUCAUCCCGUAUUACGGAAAAAUCGGAUAUUUGAUGGCUUUGCCGCAGGUAUCGAGAUUACAAAUCAUGCCACGGCGACGUUAGAGGGCAAUCAGAUUUUCAAUAAUCGCUUCGGAGGGUUGUUUCUAGCAUCUGGUGUCAAUGUUACUAUGAAAGAUAAUAAAAUAAUGAACAAUCAAGAUGCUAUCGAGAAGGCUGUCAGCAGAGGUCAGUGCCUGUACAAGAUUUCCAGUUACACCAGCUAUCCAAUGCACGAUUUUUACAGGUGUCACACCUGUAACACGACAGACCGCAACGCCAUCUGUGUGAACUGCAUCAAGAAGUGCCACCAAGGGCACGAUGUAGAGUUUAUUAGGCAUGAUAGAUUUUUCUGUGACUGCGGCGCAGGGACGUUGUCAAACCCGUGUACACUGGCCGGCGAGCCCACGCACGACACGGACACACUCUACGACUCGGCGCCCCCCAUCGAGUCCAACACCCUGCAGCACAACUGAGCUCCCGAGGCCUUGGCCCCCUGACGCCUCUCCAAGACUCUUCCCCCGCUCCCCCACCACACACACAGACACACACACACAUACACACACACACACCCCGCCUCUCCCCAGCCCAUCAUGCGCGUGCUCCAAACCCAGCUCACAGGGCCUAACAAGCUAGAUGUAAAACAAUUACACGUCACAGGACUUGUUCAACGUAAAAAUUAAUGAGAGAAAAAAAAAAAAAAAAGAUGAGAAAAUGUCUACUUGGACAAUGCAAGCAGAGGGGACAUUUAUAUUUAAAACAAAACAGACGUCAUAGUGGGGGGAAAAAAAGAAUGCAUUCUGCUGUGGACUUGGCUUUUUUUCUGUUUCAUUUCUUGCGACCCCAAGUUUUUAAAAAAACAAAAUGGUUUCCAGUGGGAUGGAGCUGUCAGCAUGCAGAACUGGGUGUGUAACCGGCGCUCAGCACCUCCCCCACCACCCACCCCACCCUCCCCUCCUGGAGGCUGAGGGGUAUACGGGAGAGAGAGGGAGAGAAAGAGAGAGAUUCCUUUAGCCCCCCUCCCCCCUCCCUUCACACUCACCCCAAAGCCCUGUCCCCGAGUCGCUUUGGGAGAUGGUGCCCAACAGGAAGUGGAAUUACCCGUGGAUGCGUGUGACGCCGGCCCUCCGAGCAGCAGCCCUGUUGUGUGUACAAGUAUGGACAAGCGUGUGUGUGUGAGCGUGUGUGUGUGUGUGUACAAGUACGGACAGAUGACCCAGCACUUCAGCUUUUUCACUUUUUUUUCUUUUAUUUUUUGGUUCAUCUUUUUUUUUUUUUUUU